GGGUCCCCUCACGAAUCUCUUGAAAAAGGAUCAACCGUUGAUUUGGACGCCAGACUGUGAUCAAGCGUUUUCGAAACUCAAGGCAACCCUUAUGUCGGCUCCAGUCCUUAUAAGGCCGGAUCCUGAAAAGCCUUUUGUCCUCAUCACGGACUGGCAAUCAGAGGCAAUCUCAGCGAUCUUGGCCCAGGUGGGACCAGGCGGACUCGAAUGCGAGGUGGAAUACUCGUCUAAGUCGGUGCCUGCCUGCAAGUGCAAUAACGCCGCCCCGACAGGAGAAUGCUAUGCGGCUCUGUGGGGGAUUAUGGAGGUGACAUGGACGAGGAUCGACGAGCAUCAGCCGUGUAUUGAGUACCUGGAGCUGCUGAUUGUCCAGGUUUGGAGAACGGAUGUAGAGGGCGAUCUUCUCGGUUUUCUUUUCGGAUCGGUGCGACCAGGCCAUCGUCAGCUAAUUGCCCAAGAACUCGUCAUCCCGCUCGCGCAACUGGUCGACUACCUCUCUCUCGAUAUUGUUUCGCAAAGUGACGAGAGACCGGCUCCGCACGUCCUUACGCGGACAUUGGCACUGUAUCUUCAGUGGACUGCAUGCUUGGAGGAACCGGGGAGUGAAAGCACCCUGCCAUCGCGGCAAGAGUACUUGAAGCCGUCCGGAAUCAUCAAUCUCGCCUUCUAUCCGAAGCAAGAGGAGGCAGGAGAAGAAGAAGCCACCGAAGAAGAGGACGACGCCGAAGACGAAACGUCGGAGGAAGGGAGUUAUAGUGAGCACAGCGAAGGGGAGCAGAGUGUAGAAGAGGAAGAAGACGACGAAGAAGAAGAAGAGGAGGAAGCCGGAUUGGAGUGGGAAGCCUUGCCGGAAGAAGUGGCGAGCACAGGCACAAAGGCGGAAGAUCCCGAGGCGGCACGUAAGAGGGAAGAGAUCGCCGCCGGAAAAAGCCAACUGGAGUUCGCCAGCGAGGCGAACCUGUGCAUCAACGACGAUCCGACCCGGGAUCUAGAGCCCCCCAAGCCCGAAGAUGGCGACCCAGCAACCGCGGCUCCGAGCGCAUCGCGACGGAGACGAAGCCGAUCCCCCUCCCCCUCCACCUCAGCCCGUCCCUCUGUUCGUCCACGUACCGAUGCGGGCGAUCGGCCUUCGUCCCCGGUCAUUAUCCCGCUGUCCCCUUGAUUACCUCACCUUCUGUCAGAUCUCUACCCCCGUCACCUUCACUGGCAACCCCUUCCCCUCCAAUACCUUCCGUCACUUUUACUCC